GCGGCGGCGAAUGAGAAUUUUCGUUUCGAAAAAACCCAAGAUGGUGGGCGAUAUUUUUAAUUUUUUUUUGCCAAAAACGUCAACUUUAAACAAUGAAAUUGCCUCGUUUUUUAUUUUAUCUGUUCCUUUUUGUUAUUAUUCUAGUAUUACUGAAUGUCCUUCUAAUGUUUUAUUUGACACAUAGCAGAAUAUACGCGCUAAAUGACUACGAAAAAUUCGAUUUUGAUUAUAAGGUAAGUCGCCAAGGAGUGGAGGUCUUGAGGGUAUUGCCGGGAGAUAAACAAAUAUUUUGACGAAUUUUAUUUCUGUACUUAUACUUGGUGUAAUGUUACUGUAGUGUAUUAGUGCUAAUUAUAAGGUGGCAAAGAGGGACAAAAUCUAUUGCGUGACAGUCAACCAACCCUUUUAUAUCAGUUCUGGGGUGUUUCCAAGGAGAAAUUUCCAAGAAAGCACAUCAGACCCCUUCCAUGCCCCUCCCCGACCCAUGCACGAUGUUCUAGCUACAGUAUAUAACCACUCGGGUUACACAACCAUUGUGUAAUGUUUUAUUUCUAUGUCAGGUCAAUGAAGAUUCAUUCCUGUCGAUUCACGACUUACCAGAAGACACGUCUGGGGAAUAUUAUGUACAUAAAAACUUCAUUAGAUCACAGAGCACAGAUUCUUCAAGAGACAUAGUCUUAGCAAGCCACUGCACUGGAGAUCAUCUGCAUCAUUUGGUGUCGCUGACUCAAGUCUGGCAGGGACCAUUGUCCAUUGGUUUGUAUUUUCAGCUGGAUUCAUCAAUGAAUCAGGCACCCAGCCAUUCCAACAGUUCGUCCAUCUAUUGGACUACUGGCUUUCAAAAUUUAUGAAUUCAAACCAAUUCGUAAAACUUAUCUUUUCCAAUACAUUUAUAGCUGUAUUCAUCCCUGGCUACAAUCUGGAGAACACGCUAUCGACUCUGUACAUACUUUAUGGCUGCUUCAUCAAAGUCCGUCGGCAAGUCACGAUCCAUCUUGUCCACCCUAUAUCUGUAGUGCUGAAUGACAGUGACCUAAUGUUCCUGAUUAGGAAAUCUGAGGAGGUUCACACUAAAUGCUCCAAGGCUUUGAAAGAGAUUAAGAAUACCAAUAAAAAUGUUGGCAUCAAUUAUGACAGAAAGGUGGUGUACUAAUAAAUUGGCCUGGUAUAAUAUACCCAGGGACGCCGGAACUGGGGGGGCAGGGGGGGCGGCUGCCCCCCUUGCCUUUUGGUAGGGGGGGCAGAAGUGCCCUUUUAGUUGUAAAAAAAUAUGUGAUAAAUCACAUUUAGAACGAUGGUAUUUGUACAAAAAUUAUGAGAUUCAGACAAUUUACAGUUUCUAUUUCACUUAUGGUAUGUCCGGAAAAAUUUUUUGACCCCUAAAAUGGUACACUGACCGAAAUUUUUUUGGCGACGGGGGAGGGGAGGUCGCCGAAAUUUUUUGAUAAAAGCCGUUGACAACUUGUCAACAAACUGGGAACAAGCAGUGCGAACACAUCCUGUUGACAAGUUGUUGGAACAGCAUUGCUACAAGUCUGCUGCAGGUUUGUUACAACUUGUGCGUUUUUACCUGUGUAUAAUACACCAUACAACACCUCUCAACAUCCAACAUAAAAAUUAGUUUGCAAACUAUACUGGGCACUGCCUCUAAUCAUUCAGAAAUAUUUCUCCUGCAGAUAGAGUAUCCCAACAAUCUAUUACGAAAUACUGCCAAGCAAGGAGUUGCUUCACAAUAUUCCUUGGUUGUGGAUAUUGACAUGAAACCAAACCAGAAUUUAUACACAGAUUUCAUGAAUUUUGCCAGGAAAAAUAAUUUAUUUGAUGGUGGCAAUAGCUUUUAUAAUGGUAAGAUGAAAAUUGGCUCACAGUAAAUGCCUGCAGAUGUUUUGUCAUCGAAUCUUUAAUGGCAAAAAAUUCGGCAAAAAAUUAGGUUCAUUGGAUUGCAUUUUUUGUUAGAAGCUGCCAAACCGGUAUUUUCUUAGAGUUUGUCGCGCGUUAUCGAUAUUUUAUCUUCGUAUUUGGCAGAAAUGGACCUCAGAACUGACGAGAGAAUUGAAAUUUUCAUGAGUGAUUUCAGUUAUAGACUAAAUUUUGAUCUAGGCAAGAAAAACGAAAUCCAACACCACAGCUUGAAAGAGCGUCUUAGAAUGAGUAAAACUGCAAAGAUUGGUUGCUAAAUGUUGUAAAAUGAGGAAAUAUAUAGCCCUGUGAAGUUCGCAAAUUUUGUGUAUAUUUGUAUUACGUGCGGUAAAAAUAACCACUUUCGGCUCAAAAAUGGUUAUUUUUCCCGCGCGUAAUACAAAUACAGGGUGUCCCAAAAAAAAGUGACACUAUAGAAAUUAUCCUAUUGUUAUAAUUUGAAUGCCCUAGAUUAAGUUGAUCGCACAGGUGCAUAAACUUCUGCUUCUGGAAUUUAAAAUAAAAAAGCAAACCGUUUAUUAGUGUAAUCGUUUUGCUUGACUCGGGCGUUAAAAUAUUUGGACAAAGCGAAAACGUUUUAAAAUGCUUAAAUGUAAAUACAAGUUCAUUAAAUUCCCAGGCGUGUAAUCACGCGCGUUUAAGAGCGGCUUAAGAACAAUGAGAUAAUUUCUAUAGUGUCACUUUUUUUUGGGACACCCUGUAUAAUAUACAAAAUUUGCGAACUUCACAGGACUGUAUUUUCCUCAUUUUACAACAAUUCGCAAUGAAACUUUUCAAUUUCACUCAUUUUGAGAUGCUCUUUCUAGCUGUGGUGAUGAAGUUCGUUCUUCUUGUCGAGAUCAAAAUUUCGUGUAUAGCUGGAAGCCUGGAAUCAUACAUUGUCAGGUCCAUUUUUGGCAAAAAUCUGCAGAUAGCGAGAUGAAGAAUUGAUGACUCGGAUCGGAGUCUUUGAUGAAGAAGACUGUCUGUAAUAUUUUCCCAUUUAGAUAAAAGUGUUUUCGUGCUACCUGCCUUUGAAAUAAACUCGAAGAAAACCGAUGAUAUGCCCAAGGACAAAUCACAAUUGAUCAGUCUUCUAGAUAACGGAGCUGUCCGGCCAUUUUAUUACGAUAUUUGCUGGAAAUGUCAGAGACCAACUGACUACGAAAAGUGGCGAAGGUUGGUUUCUGUUUUUAAAACGAUGUCUAUAUUUCUCAAGGAACAUAGCUGAAGAAAGGACGGGUUAGACAAUCAACCGGAGUCGCGGCAUUUCAACUGGAUCAAUAAGAGAUGAUCCUUACUGGACCUCUGGGAAGAACAGUUUAGAAUUGAUAGAGCUAUCCAGUAUAAAUAAAGUUAGUUUAGUUUAGGUUUCCUCCUGUAGUAACACUGGAUCAAUAAGAGAUGAUCCUUACUGGACCUCUGGGAAGAACAUUUUAGAACUGAUAGAGCUAUCUAGUAUAAAUAAAGUUAGUUUAGUUUAGGUUUCCUCCUGUAGUAACACUGGAUCAAUAAGAGAUGAUCCUUACUGGACCUCUAGGAAGAACAGCUUAGAACUGAUAGAGCUAUCGAGUAUAAAUAAAGUUAGUUUAGUUUAGGUUUCCUCCUGUAGUAACACUGGAUCAAUAAGAGAUGAUCCUUACUGGACCUCUAGGAAGAACAGUUUAGAACUGAUAGAGCUAUCGAGUAUAAAUAAAAUUAGUUUAGUUUAGGUUUCCUCCUGUAGUAACACUGGAUCAAUAAGAGAUGAUCCUUACUGGACCUCUAGGAAGAACAUUUUAGAACUGAUAGAGCUAUCGAGUAUAAAUAAAGUUAGUUUAGUUUAGGUUUCCUCCUGUAGUAACACUGGAUCAAUAAGAGAUGAUCCUUACUGGACCUCUAGGAAAAACAGUUUAGAACUGAUAGAGCCAUCCAGUAUAAAUAAAGUUAGUUAAGUUUAGGUUUCCUCCUGUAGUAACACUGGAUCAAUAAGAGAUGAUCCUUACUGGACCUCCAGGAAGAACAGUUUAGAAUUGAUAGAGCUAUCCAGUAUAAAUAAAGUUAGUUUAGUUUAGGUUUCCUCCCGUAGUAACACUGGAUCAAUAAGAGAUGAUCCUCUUAUACCGGACCUCUAGGGAGGAAAGAUUGGAACUCAUAGAGUUUUCCAUUACAAAAAAACCUCUGAGGUACAUUAUUAAUGCAGUAUUAUGACAACAGUAAUAUUGUAAAAGUAUUCUUGUCUUAAAUAAUUUCCAACAAUUUUUAGUUUAGCAGGCGAAGACAUGGAUGUUGGAUAUGAGAUAAAAUGGCAAGAUCCUUGGGAGCCAUUCUUUAUAUCGCCACGGUCGGCUCCUGAUUAUGAUGAGAGAUUUAAACAGGUAAGAACCAUAGAUAUCUAAUUUUCACUAGAUAGCGCAUCUCGUUUAGUAAAAUUGAAGCCAAGAAUAUUCCAGCGGUUACCCCCAUUUGAAUAGGUGGCGGCCAUGUUGGAGUUUCCCACUCGCUAAUAAACGCUUAAAAAACAACAAUAACUUUCAUCAUUUGAAUAGUUUGAAAAUGUAUUUGGAAUAGGUUAAACUUAAUGUUUAAGUUCCCUGUUUAAUUAAGAAAUAAAACAUACGAAUCUUUUCAUUUCAUGGGAAUAUCCUGAGUCUGCAAUCACGUCUUCAAUUUUUGAAUUGCAGAAUAAUUAGAUGCACUAUUUAGUGUAUAUAAGAUAUCUAUGGUAAGAACCAGCAAGAAUAGUAAGGAUCAAGAAUUCUUGGUUAAUAAUCCACCUUACAUAAUCCGGUUAACUCAACCAUAUACCUUGGUUAAAUUAGCCUGCAGGAUUAUAACCAGGACUGUGGUUAAAUUAACCAAGAAGAUUAGGUUACCCCAAACAGGGUUAAUUUUAAUAUUAAUCUUAAGUUUAACCAGGGUGAUUUUUGAAGUAAACCAUUGUUUUUGUGUUUUAGUACGGAUUCAACCGCAUCAGUCAUGCAUGUGAACUGCACGUGGCUAGCUACAGAUAUUUCAUCCUAGAUCAAGGCUUCCUGGUUCAUCAAGGCUUCAAAGACGGCACUUCGUUUCACAAGACAAAGAACGAUGAAAAUGAUAAAAAUAGGAUAUUGUUUCGUACGUUUAAGACUGAAUUGAAAGAUAAAUAUCCCGACUCAGUGAAUAGAUGUUAGCACAGCUUGUGUCAGUGGAGGUUGUGGCAAUAAUGAGAGAGUCUCCGAUUGAUAGAGAUACAACUACCUGAAAAAUACAAGGAGAACUUCGACGUUUUCGAGCGAAGGCCGUUCGUCGGAAAGUCGGCUCGAAUUACAGGGGUGGAAAAAAUAGGCGAGCACGCGAGCACUGCUCGCACAAAAUGUUAAACAGCUGCAGGAAAUUCGUUUGAAUGAAGAUUUGCUAUUGAAAAUUUGAAGGAAACCUCGACACCUAUGUCCCACUAUGGCCGCAACAACAUAUGGUUGACAGACAUUAUUCCUUGAAUUUAAAAGCAUGCUCAGCUAGAACACUAUAUGUUUAUGCACAUGCAGAUUUAGCACAAAAAUACUGCGUUGGUCUGCAGGAAAUUUUUGUCUUCAGGUUGUGCUACCAGGAAGCAAAUCUUUUUUCCUGCCCUGCCUCCAAACGUCGAAAUUCUCCUAGGUAUUUUUCGGUAGUUGUAUCCUCAUCAAUCGCCAUCUUUCUCAUUAUUAUUGCCACACUAGUACACACCGUUUUAAGAUUACCAUAAAGCCAGUCACAAACAUACAGCAAAAAAGCUCUGAAAAUACUUUAAACACCGCAUUCAUAAUAUAAAAAUUAAUAUCACAAAAUCUAUUUGGUAUGUAAUAUGGUAUUCGUCCUGUCGCCACUCUCCUCAUUUUGUACUUUAUUACUAUGUAGCCUUAGCCCUUAUUAGGUAUGCAUAGUUGACCAUAUAAAGCAGCAUGCUUUGCGCAUGCUCAUUUAUACAAACGCUGACCAAAAUCCUCGCAGGCGCAGAGCUUGUAAACCAGCUGCCCAAAAGCCAUUGCAGGCUCAUUAAGUUACCUUACUUGGUACAACCGCCGACCACAAUCACCGCAGGCGCAUCAACACCAGCUCGCCUCGUCGCCAUCUUUGAUGGCGUAUAUAGAGUACGGACUUUGACCCCUGUUCACAGCUUCCGCUAUUCUCUCGUUAAUUUCCUUGAUGAGAUUAGCAUCUUGUAUGACCGAGGUCAGCGAGGGCCUGGGACUAGCUUCCGCCGAUCGUAUGACGUCAGGGAAUGAGGGAUCUAGGGCUGGGGGUGUGGGCGGCGGAGGGGUGCGUUCCAGCGUGGGGACUUGUAAGAUUACUAGAGCAGGGGUGAGGGGUGGCCACGUGCCUUUGUAGAUGGGGUAUGAAGGUGAUUUCCUGACAAGGUUUGGAAUGAAUUUCUCGUCGUCAAUACUCUAGGACGGAAUGGGAAAUUACAAAAUACUUAAUGUAGUAUUAACUGUAAGGUUGCUUGCGUCACGGCACCGGCUAGGAUGUCUGAUGUAUGCCGGAAAGCCUGAUUCACAUUAUCAAGGCUUCUGUGAUCACAGUAGGAAUUUUGCAUGGGUAAAUUCUAAGUUUUGAAGGAUUUGUAAGAAAUGUUUGAGAGAACUGGCUCAAUGUUUAACACUGAAUCAGUUUCCUCAAACAGUUCUUACAAAUCCUUCAAAACUUAUCUACACAAAAUUCCUACUGUGAUCACAGAAACUUUGA